AUGUUUCUAAGCAGGAAGAACGAUUCUCCUAAGUCUCAUUUAAAGGCAAAACUGUCCAAUAUUAGAAUUGGUUCUAAAUGCCGCUUCUUUUCAGAAAUUAAAUCUCUAUCUGCGCAUCUCGUGCUCACAUAUAUAAAAUUAAAGAACACAAGGGAGAAACAAAACUCAGAAAUGAAGAUUUAUGUGGUUGCAAUUUUGGGUUUAUUGAUAAUUUCUUCCACACGAAAUUGUUUCGGGUUUACUGAUCCUGUUGAUAUUUUAGCCAUAAAUAGCCUAUACGCCGCCCUCGGUUUCCCUCCUCUUCUGGGAUGGCUGCUCGCAGGAGGAGAUCCGUGUUUAGAAGGUUGGCAAGGUGUUCAAUGCGUCAAUUCCAACAUAACAGGAAUAGUCCUUAACGAUGCUAAUUUGGGAGGUGAACUCGGUGAGAAUUUGGGAGCUUUUGCUUCAAUCAUACAAAUAGAUUUGAGCAAUAACCACAUUGGAGGCAAUAUUCCAUCAGAUUUGCCAAUUACCCUCAAGACAUUCUUUCUCUCUGGGAACCAACUUAAGGGAAGCAUACCAGAGUCAUUGUCUACUUUAGGCCAAUUGACAGAUUUGUCUUUGAACAACAACCAUUUGAGUGGAGUCAUUCCAGAUUCCUUUCAACAACUUAUCGCAUUGAGUAAUUUGGACUUAUCUCGCAACAAUCUAAGUGGCCCUUUGCCUCCUUCAAUGGUGAACUUGUCAUCAAUUUCCACGUUGCAUUUAGAGGACAAUUAUCUCACUGGGGUACUCGAUGUGUUGCAAGAUCUUCCCCUUAUUGAUUUGGAUAUCGAGAAUAAUCUUUUCUCUGGGCCAAUCCCACCGAAAUUGUUGAGCAUUCCAAAUUUCAGAAACAAAGGAAACCCUUUUAAUACAACCAUGAUUCCUUCGCCACCUCUCUCAUCUCCUUCACCAUUCCCGCCUCAAACUCCGGAAACAAGCUCCGGAAUUGAAGCACUUGGACCUUCUUCUCCAAAGCUACCACACGAUUCCGGUCAACAAAAGUCAAUAUUUAGUAGUAAAGUUGUUUGGGUUGCAAUUAGUGGAUUCUUGAUUAUUGUUUUGCUUGCACUUGGAUUUUGCAUUCGCAUGUCAAAACGCUACAAAGAAAAGUCAAGUAUCAAAGUUAGUGAUCAUAUCAAGUCUUCCUCAAAUCCACCUCAUCUUAAAGAGAAUGAAGCUCAAAGGAAUGAUAAUGGAAGAAAUAACUUAUUGCCAAUAUCCAAUGUGAAAGAAAAGAAAAAGGAAACCAUUUCCAUGAAUCCAACACCUCCUCAACUUCUUUCAAGAGAAAGUGUCAUUGUAAAGCCAAUGGUGAUUCCAACAAACACAAAUGCGAACACUUCAAGAAACAUAAAUUCUCCCAAAUCUUUCUCAAUUGCUUCUCUUCAACAAUAUACGAAUAGCUUCUCUCAAGAAAAUUUUAUUGGUAGAGGCGUACUUGGCCCAGUUUACAAAGCCCAAUUCUCUAAUGGAAAGGUAUUUGUAGUAAGAAAAUUGGAGAAUAUAUCUUUGAGGCAAUGGAGUGAUGAAGAUUUCAUGGGUAUGGUGUCGAAUGUCUCAAAACUUCAAAAUGAAAAUAUAGUUGGAGUCGAAGGUUAUUGUAUAGAACAUGGACAAAGGCUUUUUGUCUAUGAAUAUUGUAAAAACGGGACAUUACAUGAAGCAUUGCACCUUGAUGAUGAGAUUCAUGAAAAACUUUCAUGGAAUGCUCGUGUACAUUUGGCACUUCAAGCAGCAAAAGCAUUGGAGUACUUACAUGAGACUUGUCAACCGAUUGUUGCACAUAAAAACUUCAAGUCAACAAAUAUUCUUCUUGAUGAAGAGCUUAAUGUACGUGUUUCGGAUUGUGGUUUGGCCCCACUACUACCAUCAAGCCACAUUAGUAAGUUGCAAGCGUCGGGAUACGGUGCCCCUGAAUUGGAAUCGGGAAGUUAUACUUAUCAAAGUGAUGUUUAUAGCUUCGGAAUUGUGAUGUUGGAACUUCUCACGGGUCGAAAAGCUCAUGACAGGACAAAACCUCGUGGGGAGCAAUUUUUAGUAAGAUGGGCAGUUCCUCGUCUUCAUGAUAUAGAAGCGUUAUCAAGAAUGGUUGACCCAUCUCUUGAUGCCACGUGUACAUCCAAGUCUUUAUCUCGAUUUGCAGAUAUUAUUUCUCUUUGUGUUCAGGCCGAACCCGAGUUUAGACCACCAAUGUCAGAAAUUGUACAAAAUCUCUUGCAAAUGACCAAGAUGAACCAUUGAAUUUUGGAAUUGAUGUUUCUUAAGGUUGUUGCCUUGUUGGUGUGCUAAAUUCUUCAUAGAAUUUAGCUAAUCUUGUCUUGAUUCGAUUUGUAAGUUAAAUUUGUUGGUUGUGUUUGUGUAAAAAAUAUGUUUUGCUUUGGGUUUAUUAUGAUGAUGGUGGAUAUUGGAUUGUGGGGGGACUAGCGAAUGGCGAUGCACUGGUGGUGGUUGGUCAUAUGGUUGUAGUUCAUUCAUUGGAUGGGUGUAAGAUUUUUCUUGAAUGACUAAAUACCUUUCUUGAUUUAGUGUCUAUUUGAGAACAUAAGAAGUGUUGUGAAUUUGUUAUAAACUUAGAUUUGGUUGUGGAGUAUAUAGAAUUGGCACUUAAGAAGUUCUUAAGAAAAAUGCG